AUGGGAUUGAUACCAACCGAAGGUAGAUUGCCUAUAAAAGCCGAUAGUUUUACCAAAGAAGCUAGAUCGGAGAAAGAGGAAAUUCAUUUUGCCUUAUUCGGAGAAUUCAUCUUCGAAGGGCUAAUUGAACCAUUGUGUAAACCUUUGAAAAAGACUACUACUAAUGCCUUUAGACGCCUUGGUUCGAUAGACCCUAUCAUUAAAGGCACUCCUCCUAGGCUAGAGCUUCCACUUUCUUCUUCCUCUUCUUCUAAAGAGGAAAAGGUCCCAACUAAGCCAAGUGCUCAACCUUUACGGGUAAUAUGGCUUAAUGUGUUUUGA